AUGGUGUUGUUAAUAUUAGUCUGGCUGGUCAUUGCUGUGGUCGUUGCUCGGCUCAUUUACACGUAUUUCCUAUCACCUUUGGCAUCUAUACCAAAUGCAGGGAUUCUCGCGCCAAUCUCCCGUCUACAUUGGGAGUUUCCCACCGAGUUUCAAGGCAAGCUGACGCUGGAGCUUCCUAAACUGCACAAAAAGCUUGGACCACUUGUUCGCAUCGGACCAAACCAAGUAUCAUUCUAUUCGCUCGAGGUAUACAAAACGGUACACGCACCCAACAGUCCGUUUGUAAAAGACCCUCGAGUCUAUAGUCAGUUCGUGCAAGAUGGCCAUCCCGCGUUAUUUUCUAUCACGGAUCCAAAAGAGCAUGCUCAACGCCGACGACACAUGGGAAUUCUAUUCAACCGCAGCAAAGUUCCUGCGUUGACGGAUAUGAUGGUGGAGACGAUUGACAGAUUCUCCGAGUAUCUGGGCACUGCUAGCCAGAAGGGCUCGAUCAAUCUAGUGCCGACUUCAAAAUUUGCAUUUGGUAAUACAAUCGGAGCUAUCGACUCACUGAAUGCGGGAAAAGAGCUUGGUAUCAUCCAAAAGAAUGACGCCAAAUCUUCGAAAAUGCCGGUGCUCUCCUCAAUUACCAGCAGCCAACAAUUCGAUCGUUGGGCAGACGAACAAUUCGCAGCAACAAUGGACAGCGAAAAGGCACCAAGUCUAUCCUUCCUAAAAGUCAUGGCAAACCAUAGAAUAUCCGAGCAAUCAGCGCUCUCCGAAGCAAAAGAGAUGCUGGGUCCUGGCACCGACACAACCUCCGCUACACUAGCGCAUAUUCUGUAUGCACUGUCACUCAACCAAGCAUUCCAGAACGAGCUAGUCUCGGAUCUAGAAGCUGCCGGGUGGCCUACUGACAUGACUGCUCUCGAAUCAACCCCGAGACUCAAAGCCUGCGUGAAGGAGGGCAUUAGAUGGACGGGUGCGGCUGCCGCUAUGCUUCCUAGGAUUGUUCCCAAGGGGGGAUACGUUCUUGCGGGGAAGAAUCUUCCGGGUGGGACAAUGAUAUCAAGCUCUCCGAUCUGGUAUUUACGCGACGAGGUCGCAUUCCCGGACCCAGAGCGAUACAGACCCACUCGGUGGCGUCAAGAUACAGAUGAGUCGACUGCUCUUCGCGAUGACUAUUAUAUCCCUUUCUCAAAGGGGGCGUCUACGUGUAUUGGCAAUCAUUUUGCAUACUUGGAGCUCUUCCUGGCUGUAUCGCAGGUACUCAGGAGAUAUCACAUUCGACCGGGGGAUGAUUUAGCUGAUCUCGAUGUUGCCCACGAAGCCAUUCUUCCUCCACGACGUGAAUGGGUGGCAGCUGUACCUAUUGGUCGGUUGACAGUGAGACUGGAGAGACGAUAA